AAAACCAACAAUGUUUUAGUGCUCUCCGCAGUCACAUUUUGGAUACAAACGCAGGCCUAACAAGAGGAGUGACUGAAGAAAAUCCACGUUCUUCCAGAGAAGCAGCGAUGGAGGAGCAGCGGGAUCUAAACAGCACGGAUAGCAGCGAGGGAGAGUGCGUGUCUCCGUCUCCCAGCCUGCCCUCUCCGCCCAUACUGCCCCUACAGGUCGCCCAGCAGGCUCACAGAACCACCAACUUUUUUAUCGACAACAUUUUGCGGCCGGACUUCGGCUGUAAGAAGGAUCUGGGCCUGGGGCCCCGGGAGCGCGCGCAGAGCUCCGGCCGGGAACGCGUCCACCCGGUGGUCAGCAGGCCGAGCCACGCCGGGACGCCGUGCCAGGACUCCAACUGCAGCACCGACAGCACGUCGUCCUCCGCCUCCUCCGCCGCGUCGUUGGCGAGUCCCAAACGGAGUAACGGAGGAUCAGCCGCGGCCGCCGCCGCCGCCGCCGCCGCCGCUGCUUCCACUGGAAGCGGCCUAAAAGCGGAGGACAGGACUGAGAGCGGAGCGGCGGAGAACACCUCCUCCUCGCUGGUGGUGCUGAACGGCUCCGGGAGCUCCACACCGGAGAGCCAGCCGCUGCUCUGGCCCGCGUGGGUUUACUGCACCCGCUACUCGGACAGGCCCUCAUCUGCAGGCCCAAGGACACGGAAACUGAAAAAGUCGAAAAGCGGCAAAGAGGACAAGCGGCCUCGCACGGCCUUCACGGCCGAGCAGCUGCAGAGACUGAAGACUGAGUUCCAGGUGAACCGCUACAUCACCGAGCAGCGGCGGCAGUCCCUGGCGCAGGAGCUCAACCUCAACGAGUCCCAGAUCAAGAUCUGGUUUCAGAACAAACGGGCCAAAAUCAAAAAGGCCAGCGGCUUCAAGAACGGGCUGGCGCUGCAGCUGAUGGCGCAGGGACUGUACAACCAUUCCACCACCACCAUCCAGGAGGACAAGGAGGAGAGCGACUGA